AUGGAACAAUUAGUUUCCUUACUUCAAAAAAAGUAACUAUAAAAGGAAGAGAGAUUAAAAUCUCUGAUUAAAAUAAUAGAUCGCAGAAUAGUGCAAAAACUGUACAAUUUAAGAAACUAUGCGUAUUUAAAAAUCAAAAACUUCAAAAUGGCUAAUCGAAAUAAUGUCAAAAUGCUCUCAGAAAAGGAUGAUGAAAAGGGAGCAUUUUAAAUCAAUAUUUCAAAUACUAAUCAAUUCAGAGAAGCAUUGCAUUAAUUGUAAAAUUACAACCUUGUUUAAUUGGAAAUAUUGAAAAAAGAGACUUUGUGUAGGAUGAUUUACAUUUUGCAAAAGCGAGUAAGUAAUCAUUACAGACACUUGAUGAUAAGGCUUAUGAAUAAAAAUUCAAGAAAAAUAAUUCCAUUUUUAAAAGUGUUUGCUUAUAGAUUCAAUUACCAAUCAAGAUUUCUUAAAAUACUACAAAAGUUCUAGAGAAAUAGAGAAAUGCAUUUACAAAGAGAGAUGAAAAAACAAGAAGCUAUAUCCAAAUUUGUUAUGGCAUUAGAAAAUAAAAAAAUGCAUUGUUUUUGUUAUUGGAAGAAAAAAUUUGAAAUUAACUACAAUGAACAGUCUUAAAUUGAUAUUAAAAAGUAAAAUGAAGUCUUAUAACUGACAUUUUAAAUUGUUGCAUUAUUAAACAAAUAGAAAUUUUAGAUAGUUUCAAACGCAUUCGUAGAAUUAAAAAAAUAUAAAUAACGAAAUACUUAAAAAUUGGUCGUGAUGCUGAAUUUUAAAAUCGUAUUAAGAAGGCUGAUGUUAAAAAAUAUAUCAUACGGCUUUUAUAAAAUAGUUUGUUAUAACAGGAAUAACUAGAAUAGUUAAAGUGCAAAUGCUGACAUAAUAAAAAAUUUAUCUGUUAUUUCAAGCAAAUUAAAUUAGGCAUUAAAUCAAGCCCAUAUGAAAUAUCUGAGGAAGAGGAGGAAUCUAAUCAUCUAUAAAUAUUUAUAUAAGAUUGUUAUGAAUGAGGAUAAAAUGAUGAGUAAAUUCUUCACAAAGUGGAAAAGAACCUUACAUUAAUUUAACUUUUAGAUGAGAAUUAAAAUCGUUUAACAAAGCAAAGAACUUGAAGAAGAUCAAUAAUUAUUGGUCCAGCAAUACAAAUAAUUAUCAGUUGAAAAUUCAGAGUUAUAACAGAAGUAUUAGUAAGUAUAAACUUAUUUUCAUACACCAACAGGAUUAUCAGUGAAGAAAUCAGAGACUAAAUAGAAUUAAUAGAUAAUACAAGGUUAACAAUAAGUGUUUUAGUUGUAAUCAUAACCACAGGAGGCAUUUUGGGAUGAAGACUUGAUGUAAAAUGAAGACUACUCUCCAGAAUUUGUAGAAAAUAUAGAAAACUAAAAUGUAGAAUUAAAAUAUAAGAUUGAAGAAUAACAAGCGAAACGCAAUAUGUAUUUGGAAGAAUUUCAGAGCAGGAAAUAGGAACUAUUGCAACAGAUUGCUUUAAAGAAAUAAAUUUAAAAAGUUUAAUGA